AUGAGCCAAUAUCUGACGUCGCGGCAGGCCGAGGAGCUGCACAAGUCUAUGAUAGCAUACCUUACCUCGACGAAUCUUUUACAUAGUGCCGCGACGUUACGUGAGGAACUUGAUAUCGGUGAAAGCUUCGAUUCUGCCACGAGUAAGAAAUAUGAAGGUCUUCUGGAGAAGAAAUGGACAAGUGUGGUGCGGUUACAGAAGAAGAUAAUGGAUCUCGAAGCGAGAAAUGCGGCUUUACAAAGUGAAAUCGACAAUGCAACACCUACAUCUCUAUCAAAUCGAAAUACCGAUCCUACAGCUUGGCUACCAAAAUCACCAGCAAGGCAUAAUCUUCAGUCGCACAGGGAAGCAAUUACUUGUGUUGCGUUCCAUCCAGUAUUUUCAUCGUUGGCAUCGGGUUCGGAGGACUGCACAAUCAAGAUUUGGGAUUGGGAACUUGGAGAAUUAGAACUCACUGUCAAAGGACACACGAGAGCAGUACUGGAUGUUGAUUUCGGUGGCCCGAGAGGAGGAACAUUACUGGCAUCGUGUUCUAGUGAUCUGACUAUCAAAUUAUGGGACCCAAGCGAUCAGUAUAAAAAUAUUCGCACAUUACCUGGACACGAUCAUUCUGUUUCAGCCGUACGAUUCAUACCUAGCGGCGCAGCUGGGUCACCUUCAUCUGGAAACCUUUUGGUAUCAGCAAGUCGAGACAAAACUUUACGCAUAUGGGAUGUUUCCACGGGAUAUUGUGUGAAAACUAUUCGAGGACAUGCGGAUUGGGUUCGUGAUGUAGCACCUUCUUUUGACGGCCGAUGGCUUCUAUCUGCUGGGGUGGAUCAAACCGCAAGAAUAUGGGAUGCAUCAUCAGGAGACAUAAAGGCAACUUUAUUAGGUCAUGAAAAUACGAUCGAAUGUUGUGUAUUCGCACCACCAGCAAGUUACCCUCAUCUGGCUACCAUGGCAGGAUUAAAGAAACCACCUGCAGCGAGCAGUUCUGCUGAAUAUGUCGCUACCGGAGCUCGAGAUAAGAGUAUUCGAAUAUGGGAUGCUAGAGGUACAUUGAUUAAGACACUCGUUGGUCAUGAUAAUUGGAUUAGAGCCCUUGUCUUUCAUCCUGGUGGAAAAUAUUUGUUAAGUGUGGCAGAUGAUAGAACAUUAAGGUGUUGGGAUCUUGCACAAGAAGGAAAAUGUGUGAAGACGAUAAGUGAUUCGCAUGGUCAUUUCGUCAGUUGUAUGAGAUGGGCUCCAAGUGUUAUUAAGGAUGUUCCUAUCCUCAAUGGAGAAAAUGGCGUGGCAAUUCCGACCAAGAAUGGUAAUGGGACAGCGAAGAAAGAGGAUGCAAAAGUAAGCAUCAGAUGUGUUAUUGCGACAGGGUGUGUAGACCAGGUUGUCCGAGUGUUUGCAUCAUGA